AUGAUCAGAAUGGUGCGCUUAAAUAUGAUCGUUUGGAUUGGUUGCUGUGCCUGUUUGCUACUGCAGGCCCCAUGGGUGGUGGCGGCGGGGCAUGAUCCACCGCCCGGGAAUCGACCCACCCAGCUAGAAGACAUCGAGCGGGACAAUCUCAACAGCGAGCGACAAGUGUUCAAAAAGGAAGCGAUCGCUCAGCAGCAACAGCACGGUGCCAGUUCGACCCAAAGCAACAAUCACUACACCGUGCAGAUACAGCACCAUCCGGGCAGUGCCACCGGAACGCACAGUUCCGUCAAAUACGUAACGCCACUUCCGGUUCCGACGCAGACGCUUUCCUACACGAAAGAUCAUGCCGUUCCCCAGCAGUACGUCAGCAUCCCGCAACAGCAGCAACCGUCCCAUCAUCUGCUUCACCAACAGGUACCACAGGUGCACGAGGAUCACUCCACCUACACGGUUCCUUCCCGCCAAUCACUGCUGCAGCCCGUCAUCGGUGGAGGCGCACCGGCCUCCCCCUAUCUGACACCGCAACCGCAGUACGUUUAUGUGCAGGCCCGGCCCCAACAGUUGCCACAGUAUGCGGCCGACAACAAUCUGCCCCAAUCGCUGCUACACAUCCUGCCACAAAAUUCGCAAGCUUAUAUCAUGAUUCCGACGCCAUACUACCAACAGCAACCACAGCACAUCCCAUCCACUCCAACUGGUCCAGCCCUGCCAUCUUUAGCGCCGGCACCAUCAUCGGCGCCGCCCCAUUCCGCCCAGCAGCUGGCCGCGUAUGUCAACGACCCGGACAACCACAUCCAAACCUACUCUCACGGUGAAACUGGAGCACAUUCACCGGGUACCGUCGGUCCCUCGACGGUCCAGCCUACGCCACAGCCCGACGUCGUGUACGCAGCGUCCUCUACACCUGCCCCACCGCGCCACCAGUCACCGUCGGCGGAGUUUUCCAUCGUGAAGAGUGUGGAGCAGCCUGUCUACUUCUCACACGACCUUCCACCUGCGCAACCGAGCAAGUACCCCGUGGUAGGGGACGGUCCGCAUCACUUCGGUGCACCACAGUUCCACCACCCCACUGGAAGACCUUUCCUGCCCCAUUCCUCCCCGCAGCAGCACCUUCAUCAUCAUGUUGCUCCCGCCGUACCUUACCCCACAUACGUACAACCGCACGGACAUGCAUCUGCCGGUCCGACCCACUCACUAGCCCCACAGUUCUAUCCUUCACUGAACCAUCCCAACAACGGGAUACUGAACUACUUCGGCGUACAGCAUCGUCCACCUACCAGUCUGCUUGACUCGUACGUACCAUCCUCGCUACAGCUUGCUAAAGCGCCACUGUACACAACGAAGCUGACGCCGCACGCAUUCGGUCCUGCUCAUCAACCGAUCCAUCAUGCACAUCCCCAUCAUCAGCGGCCGGCGCACUUCUAUCAACCGGGCGUCCCGGUAUAUCCGUUGAAUCCACUCCACACAACCGUACUGCAACCGGCAGGACAUGCACAGCCUUUACAUAGCUCCGCGACGCAGCCGCUCCUUGGGCAGAUCCCAUCGGGUCCGGCCACAGCACCCGGGUACAACACGAUCGCCUAUUCCGUGCCGCUAGCCUACACGAAAACCUCCGCCCAGUAUAAGCGAUCACCGGGAUUGUUUAGUGUGGCGGGUUUUGUAAAACCGUCCGGGUUGGCCACGACCAAACUGCAACCGGCUAAGCAGUUCCAGUAG